AUGCCGCUCAUGGAAACUGUCACGAUCAUAAACAAGUCUGGGAAAGUCAUCAGUACUGGAAAGCACUUGGUCAACAUCUUCAAGGAGGCCAAAGAAGCAUAUCAGGACAGGAAGGCAGAGUUGAAAGCGGAUCAUUAUGCCAGGGUGAAGCACAGAGAUGCGCAACGAUUGAUCGAUGCUCGAGACGAAGUUCGAUCAAACGGAUCCUCAAGACGUUCGCAUCGUUCGCAUCGAUCACAUCGCUCUCGAGCCCCAAAGGCCCUCGAAGACACCCCCGAAUUCCCCAAAUCCCGCCCACCUCUCACAGAACGAAACCUCUCCCACGUCUCUGAAGGCAGCGUAGCCUCGUCUCGCAGAAGUCGAAGCUCGCACCAUGGCUCUCGACGACCUAAAUCCCCCGUCGGAUACAGGAAUCCCUAUGUCGAAACUGGCACUGAGCUUGCACCAGUUCCAGGUAUCACACGACGACAUACCGAUAUGCCAAUAGGUCCAACCGAUAGUGCACUCUCUCGCGGCACCAUGCCUCCUCCAUACCAAUCACAACUCACCGCCCGCACACCUGUUCGCAGUCAGUCGAAUCCUGAUUUCCAUGACAAAGAUAUCGAUAUGAAUCUCGCAUACGGCAAAUUGCCUCCAGAUCUACAACCAGGUCAUUCAGAAAGAAUUGCAAAGGAGGAGGAGCUGAAAAACACAAUGUCACGACUCGAUACUCUACUUGUUGAAGCACAAUGUUUGCAACACUCUGCUACAGCCAUCAUCUCAACUCUGCAAGCGAACCCUGAAGCCAUGGCAGCUGUAGCGCUCACACUUGCCGAGCUCUCGAAUUUGUUGACGCAUAUGAGUCCUAGCAUUUUAGGAAUGUUGAAGGCUAGCUCUCCAGUCAUUUUUGGCUUGCUUGCAAGUCCACAGUUCUUGAUUGCUGGCGGCGUCGCGCUUGGUGUUACUAUUGUCAUGUUCGGGGGAUACAAGAUCAUCAAGCGCCUGCAAGCCGACAACGAAGCGAAGAAAGAGGCUAACAAAAUGGAGGAGGCUUUGGUUUAUGAUAACAUUGAGAUGGGCAGUAUCGAAAGCUGGAGACGAGGAAUUGCGGAGGUGGAGGCUCAGAGUGUUUCUACCAGCGUGGAUGGCGAGUUCAUUACACCAGAGGCUGCGAGACAGAAGAAGGAACGUAUCAAAGAAAGGAGAAAGGAAGAGAGAGCUCGAAGCGUAGCUGGCGAGACGGUGAGGACUGAACGAAAGUCCAGGAGAGCGGGAAGUGAUGAUGGACAAACGGUGAAGAGUGACCGUACGAUCCGAAGAAUCGGCAGCGAUUCCACGAUCCGAAAACGGGACAUCCCCAUCCGAACCUCCAGCCGCGUCGCCGAAUCCGAAACUGGCCGCAGCGAGAAACCAAAAAGUAGAGUUGCGGAAUCCGAAACUGGUCGUUCUCGAAAGAGCAGGAAAGAGAAGGAUGACAUUGAAAGUGUCGUCAAAGACGUGAUCUCGAAGGAGAAAAAGAAGAAGAGUCUGGGGAGUUUGUUUAAGCGGAACAAAGGGAAGGAUGAUAUCAGGGAGAGCGUUCUUAGUGCGGGGCCUUUGAUUGAGGUUUGA